AUGGCGGUUUUAUCGUCGGCGAUGUUCGGAAGUUACCGUCCGGUGAAGACGACGGAGAUGAGAUCAAUUACACGGUGGAGAGUGAAGUGUCAGGUGUCAUCCGUAAAACCCGCCACGUAUUCCUCAAGAAUCUCGACUGAUAUUCCUCUCCACGAGUCUCCUCAGGCGUUGUUCGAUGAGUAUUUAGAGGAUAAAUCGAGGGUAUUCGAAGCAAUGUUUCCUGAUAAACCCAGGAGCCAUAGGCUUAAUGAGGAUUAUCCGCCAGACGUACCUUCAGAUAUAACCAGACUGGUUGAGCUCAACAUGACAAGGUGGGAGUUAAGAGGACUUAGCCAUGUAAUGGAACCGUCUGAUUUCAGUUUGGGAGUGAAAGGAGCAUUGUACCCAGACCGAAGAGGAAAGAACACAAGACUCAGAGGUCAACUAGAAAUGAACAUAAGCUUUGUACUUCCUCCAGUUCUUGAGUUAGUACCCGAAGAUGUUAGAAGAAACUUGGCUAAUGCGGUUUUGACCGGUUUGGUGGAGAAUAUGAAGCAUAAGGUUAAUGGGAGCUUGCUCGCUGAUUAUAGCAGGUUUAAGAAUGAGAGAAAAUUACAAAAGUUAUCGAGUAAAACCGAGUUUUAA